AUGGCCGAGCCUGCCUGCCCCGGGGGGGAAAGGGGGCUCGGGGACGGCGCUGCCGGGCAGGAUGCGGCCGCGCUGCGCUUCGCCCACAUGAAGUCGUGGCCGGGGCUGCUGCGGGUGCUGGGGGGGCUGGAGCUGCUGUGCGGCGGGAUGGUCUUCGCCUGCGUCUGCGCCUACGUCCAGCGGGACUACGGGGGCUACGGCGGCGAGCUGCUCCUGGGGGGGCUCCUGGGGGGCGGCUACGGGGGGCCGCUGACCCCCUUCGUGCUGGUGGUGGCCAGCCUGGCCUGGCUGCUGACGGCCGUGCUGCUGGGGCUGGGGGCCACCGUUUAUUACCGCAGCGUCCUCCUGGAGGCACCCUGGUGGCCUCCCACCGAGUCCGGCCUCAACGGCCUCAUGUUCCUGCUGUACCUGGCGGCGGCGGCGGCGUACAUCCACACCGUCACCCUGGGGGGGCUCUGCUACUCCCCCCUGGCCGGCGGCCCCCUCCUCGCCGCCUUCUGCCGCCUCGCCGGGGGGCAGGCAGCCGCUCUCGUCUUCCUCUUCCUCACGGCGCUGCUCUACCUGGCGGGCAGCCUCGUGGCCCUCAAGAUGUGGAGGCACGAGGUGGCACGGAGGCGUCGGGAGGCUCCCCCUCCACCGGCCCGAGCCAAGCGCAUCACCUUUGAGGAUGAGGUGGGACCCCCGGGGAGACCCCUGGGGAGGGCCCCGGCCACCAGUGCCUUCACCGAGGGGGGCGAGAGGCCGGGGGUCUUGACCUGCUCCAUCCCCCCGGGGCUCGUGCCGCGGCCGCGCGCUGUCCCGGACUACGUGGUAAAGUACCCGGUGAUCCGGAGCGGGCGGCAGCGGGAGGAAUACCGGGCUGUGUUCAGCGACCAGCACGCCGAGUACCGGGAGCUGCUGGGCGAGGUGCGGGAGGCGCGGCGGAGGCUCGGGGAGCUGGAGGCCGCCGCGCGCCGCCUGCCCCGGCACGCGCUCGGCAGGACGGAUGAGAGCAGGGUGGCCCGCGUCUGGCGCGAGGUCCUGAGGAAGAAGAGGGAUUCGGCCUUCCUGGAGAAGCAGCGGCGCUGCCACUACCUGAAGAAGAAGCUGACGCACAUCAAGAGGCAGAUCCAGGACUACGACCGCGGCACCCACGGCAGCGCCGUCUACUUCUGAGCCUGCGCACGGGGACCCCAGGGGACAACACCUGGGG